AUGUCCGGACGCCCAGUUCUCCAGGCCGACGAACAAGGCGGAUACCAGGAUCCGUUCCAUGAUAACCAAGCUAACCAAGCAUACCCCUUGAACUCGUAUGGGUCCUCUAACAAUAUCCAGAAUCCGUUUGCGAGCACCGCUAGCUUGCCCCAGCAGCCCUACACUCAGAACUACGCUGGUGAUAACCACGGCCCUUCGCGAUAUGAUCUUCACGACGACGAGGAAAAGCCUCUUACAAGCUCCUAUGGCGGAUCCUAUCCCCCGAUGGCUGGUCCAGGGGGAUUCAUCGACCCUAAUGCAUACGGCGAUCCAUACAAUGGACGCCCCGGAUCCGUCUAUUCAGCAACAUCCAUGACCCCCUCGGCUCGUCAGGACGAGCAAUGGCGUCGUCGACAGACCAUCAAGCGCGGAAAGACAAAGCGUGUCAAACUCCAAGGCGGGAACUUUAUCGCAGACUACGCGGUCCCGACUGCCGUUGCCAAGGCUGUCGAGCCAAAGUACCAGAACAUUAAUUCGAACGAAUUCACCCAUAUGCGCUACACCGCCGCAACCUGCGAUCCCGACGACUUUACCACCGAAAACGGAUGGAGCCUUCGUACCUCUAACUACGGCCGACAGACUGAACUUCUCAUUGCUGUUACGAGUUACAACGAGGACAAGGUCCUCUAUGCCCGUACCCUGCACGGUGUCAUGAUGAACAUUCGCGAUAUCUGCAAGACCAAGCAGUCCAAGUACUGGAAGAAACACGCCGAAGAGGGCACUCCCGCCUGGCACAAAAUCACCGUUGCAUUGAUUGUCGACGGCCUGGAGCCCAUGGACAAGUCGGUGCUGGAUAUUUUGGCUACCGUGGGUGUUUACCAAGACGGUGUCAUGAAAAAAGAAGUCGACAAGAAAGAGACCGUAGCUCACAUUUUCGAGUAUACGACCCAGUUGUCCAUCGAUUCGGACAUGCAGCUUGUGCAGCCUCACGGCGAAGAUGCCAACAACCUCGUCCCUGUCCAAAUUAUUUUCGUCCUCAAGGCAAAGAACCAGAAGAAGAUUAACAGUCAUCGAUGGCUGUUUAAUGCUAUUGGCAAGAUGCUCCAGCCCGAGAUCUGUGUUCUCAUUGACGCUGGUACCAAACCUGGACACAAGAGUAUUUACUACCUAUGGGAGGCGUUCUACAAUGACCCCAACUUGGGUGGUGCUUGUGGAGAAAUUCACGCUAUGAUUGGCAAGGCGGGAAAGAAACUGCUCAACCCACUCGUCGCUGCUCAAAACUUUGAGUACAAGAUGAGUAACAUUCUUGAUAAACCCCUGGAGAGUAGUUUCGGCUAUGUCUCUGUGUUGCCUGGUGCCUUCUCUGCCUACAGAUACCGCGCCAUUCUUGGCCGCCCGCUGGAGCAAUACUUCCAUGGUGAUCACUCGCUGGCCGAUCGUCUCGGCAAGAAGGGUAUUCACGGCAUGAACAUCUUCACCAAGAACAUGUUCUUGGCCGAGGAUCGUAUCCUGUGUUUCGAAUUGGUAGCCAAGGCUGGCGACAGGUGGACCUUGACCUACGUCAAGCCCAGCAAGGCCGAGACUGACGUUCCCGAGUCGGCUGCUGAGCUUAUUGGUCAACGUCGUCGAUGGCUGAACGGUUCGUUUGCCGCGUCUGUAUAUUCGAUUGUGCACUUCUUCAAGCUUUACAAAUCUGGUCAUGGUAUCCAUGUUCUUUUCCACAUUCAGGCACUCUACAACGUCUUUUCGCUUGUCUUUUCCUGGUUCGCGCUGGCCAAUCUGUGGCUCACUUUCUCCAUUAUCAUUGAGCUCUUGCCGGACCAAAAUGUCUACAUUUUUGGUACCAAGGCUGUGACAUUCUACGUCAACCAGGCAUUCGAAUGGAUUUACCUCGCGUUUUUGGCUCUGCAAGCGUUCCAGGCUGUCACGUUUACAGCAGGCUCUUCGACUGGUCAAAAGCUCGGAGAACUGUUGCAGGGGACGAACGGUGUGCUUAUGGCUGCGUUGGUCGCUACGUUUGGUAUCUACUUUAUCUCGUCGUUCCUAUACCGUGACCCUUGGCACAUGUUUUCGAGUUUCCCGCAGUACAUGCUUUUGGCACCCAGCUUCACCAACGUCCUCAAUACUUAUGCUUUCUGCAACUUGCACGAUGUGAGUUGGGGAACCAAGGGAAGCGACAAGGCGGAUGUUCUCCCGUCCGUCUCGUCCACCAAGAAGGAAGGCGCAACAGCUGUUGUGGAAGACACUGAGAAAAUCCAAGAAGAUAUCGACGCUGCAUUUGAGGAAACUGUCAAGCGUGCAGUGACCAAGAUUGACACCAAGGAAGUCAUUGAAAAGCCCACGAUGGAUGAUUCGAACAAGACAUUCAGAACUCGAUUGGUUGCAUGCUGGAUGUUGUCCAACGCUGCGUUGGCGGUGUUGAUCGAGCAAACGAAUGGAUAUGGUGUGACUGAAGUGCAACAAAAGAAGAUCCAGAAUACAUACUUCAGUGUUAUCUUGUGGUGCACGUUUGGAUUGAGUAUGGUUCGCUUCAUUGGCUGUCUAUACUACUUUAUCCGACGCAACUUGUUCCGCAUGUGCCGACGCAACUAA